CUGGUGGUUGCUGCCGCGACAGAGUCCCCAACCCAGGCUGAGCACGGAUUAUCUUGCUUUGACCCUGUAACCCCAUUCACUGUAGUUUAGCGACGCGGAAGGGUCUACACCUCCCAAGUUCACACCGAACAGUGUCCUACGUGCCCUUCAUCACAAGUGCCCCGGGGUGCCAAGACCAGCUGCAGCGCUCUGCAGGGUGUGGAGGUUUAGGGUUGGGCUGGGAAACCCAAACCUGAUGAAUGACGCAGGAGAGCGCACUCUGGAGUCACGUGACGCAGGCCACACCCCGGGAACUGGCUAGGUCACGUGACAGCCGAGCCUGGGGAACGUUUUUCUCACGUGACGGAGGUGCCCCCAGUGGACCAAUAAGGAUGCGGAAGCCGGGCUGGCGGGGAAAGGAACUGCAGGCUUCCGUGGUUGCGGGGACUCGCUGUGGGUAGGCUCCCGUCCCGAUCUGGUUGCAGGUUAGGCUCGAGUUCAGUGCUGGUGCAUCAUGAAGUGCCUGAUCACCGGCGGCAACGUGAAGGUGCUGGGCAAGGCUGUACACUCACUAUCUCGAAUCGGGGAUGAGCUGUAUCUGGAGCCCUUGAAGGACGGGCUCUCCCUCCGGACUGUGAACUCUUCCCGCUCUGCCUAUGCCUGCUUCCUCUUUGCCCCACUCUUCUUCCAGCAGUACCAGGCCGCUUCCCCUGGUCAGGACCCGCAGCGCUGUAAGAUCCUGAUGAAGUCCUUCCUGUCCGUCUUCCGCUCUCUGGCAAUGGUGGAGAAGACUGUGGAAAAGUGCUGCAUCUCCCUCAGUGGCACCAGCCACCUGGUGGUCCAGCUCCACUGCAAGUAUGGCGUCAAGAAGACACACAACCUCUCCUUCCAGGAUUGUGAAUCCCUGCAGGCCAUCUUCAACCCAGCCUCAUGCCCCCACUUGCUCUGUACCCCAGCACGGGUUCUGGCAGAGGCUGUUCUGUCCUUUCCCCUUGCAUUGACUGAGGUGACGUUGGGCAUUGGCCGCGGCCGACGAGUCAUCCUGCGAAGCUAUCAGGAGGAAGAGGCAGAUAACACCAGCAAAGCCAUGGUGACAGAGACCAGCAUUGGGGCGGAGGACUUCCAGCAGCUGCAAGCCCCUGAAGGGAUAGCUGUCACCUUCUGCCUCAAAGAAUUCCGGGGGCUGCUGAGCUUUGCAGAGUCAGCAAAUUUGCCUCUUACCAUCCACUUUGAUGUUCCAGGCAGGCCAGUCAUCUUUUCCAUUGAGGAUUCUCUACUGGAUGCCCACUUUGUCUUGGCCACACUCUUAGAGCAAGACCCAUGUUCCCAGGACCUGUGCUCCCCAAAGCCCCACCAGCCAGUGCCUCAGAAGCAGGUUCACAGUGUACCCCACUUAGAUGACUUUACCAACGAUGACAUCGACUGUUACAUGAUUGCCAUGGAAACCAGCGUGGGCAGCGAGGGCUCCCGGGCACAGCCUUCCACUUCCUUCCCACCUGUCCCCCAGACCUCCCAUGACCUUGGCUCCCCCUCAGAGGAGGAAGCUGAACCCAGUACAGUGCCUGGAACCCCCCCACCCAAGAAGUUUCAUUCACUUUUCUUUGGCUCCAUCCUGGCCCCUGUACAAUCCCCCCAGGGUACCAGCCCUGUGCUGGCUGAAGACAGUGAUGGUGAAGGCUGAACUUGAGAAACUGAAGUCUGUGUCCAAAGACUCAUGGGCCAGAAGCAGGCCUAGCCACUGGCAGAGCUGGGCAUAGAAAAACAGGCUAUGCCUGUGGUAGGCCCUACUUGGCUGGCUGCUGCAGAGUUGCUCAGGCAACCAUGUUUGGUCUAUAUUCACUCAACCUGUACCAAUCAUGUCUCUUUCUGGUGCCCAGCUGCCACCUGACAGUUUCCCUACCUCUUACCGCAGAGCCUCAGGCCAGAUUUCCAGCAUCUAGCAAGAGCUAGAAACCUACCUUUUUUUAAAAAAGGUCACAGUGCUGACAACCCCCUGCCAAUCAUGAACUGUUUGUCAAACCUCUGAGACCUGCUGGGCCUUGGCUUGGAAUCCUAAUAGCCCCUGGACCUGACUUAGUCUGCCCUCCCAGGUGGCUUUUGUACCAAAGGGCUGCUGGCCCACUGUCUGGUAUAAGUAGACAGAGGCCAUGGCGAGAAUCCAGCUUUGACCUUUAUUCAAGAGACCAGAUAGGUUGCCCCCAGGAUCCGGCUGCCAGCCGUGCAAGGCUGGAGACCCACAAUCUGGUCUGCCAUUGCCCUGAGCUGCAGCCUUGGCCCCAGGAUUCCACUGCAGCCACCAGGUGCUGGUGGGAGGGAGCCCUGGGGGAUUAGAUGCUGCUAUUGAUUCAUUAAAAAAUAAAGGAAAAGACACUUAA